ACAAGACAACGGUCACUCGAAUCAGCACAGAAAGAAUAGUUUCUCGAGGAUCAUCUCUUCCCGACGUCCGGUUGGCCAGACAACCCCACCGUGUGUCAUCUAUUUACGGAUCUCCCGGAGUCAGGCGGAAGAGAAUGAACGAAAGUAAACAUCAUUCUCAAAGACAGACUCAUCUUCAACACCUUCGCAGUCGAUCAGAACCUUCAUCUAAUCCGUUGCUCGAUACUAUUAGUGUACUGACGUAUGAUCCAUGUGACUCAGACGAUUACUAUGAAUUGGCGACCGUCUACCAACAGCGCCGCCUUACGGUCAAGAAUAAAGGAGAAGAAAAGUCAAGAAGAUUUCCAUCUACUCAACAUCAUCAUCACGGCGACGGAGACAAGGAUUCUAUUGGAUACGCUGGCUCCAAUUCUAUUGAUAGUGGCUAUAAGAGCCUUUGUCCAACACCGGAAAUCCCAGAUUGUUCUUACUAUGCAGCAGAAGCUACAGAUGCAUCGAAUACCAAUUCCUCUUUUAAGAAAGCCAAGGAUAGUGUCAAACCAAAAAUCAUAAUGGGUACAAAGGUCAUGGGAAGGCAAUGCCAAAGACAUCAGCAUGGGAAUUCCAUUGGCUCUCGGCGAUCUGAAUCAGGUUUGUAUGACGUUAACCUUGACCACCUAAUGUAUUUACGACAAUCUUUACUUAGUGCCAUCCAGAAAUGUGAAUCAGUAUCGUCUUCCUCGAGAGAUGGUAGCCCGACAGUUGCCAAUCGCUCCUGUGAUUCCUCUUCCAAAGUCAGUUGUAGUAGUAAUAGCCAUAGCCCUAAGCAUCAGCGAUCAUCCCAGUUUGGCAGGAGCAGGGCCAGCCCAUACGUCCCAGAAGUCACCGAUCAUAGUACUCCUCAAAAUAAAAUAUCUGGAAAUAGUAGUUCAGCUUCAUUAUCAUUACCCGCUGGACCUCAAACGUACCAGAAGACAGUGCGAUUCGAUACCGAUAUUAAAGUUACAUCUUUAACCAAGAAACAAACUGGUUUAAACAGUCCACGCAUCAGAAAAAAACAUUCCAAAUCUAUUUUGAAAGAUUCCUUAUGCGCUAGUUUGAGAUCAAACUUAGAGUCAGAUUCGACUCUAAUUCCAGACUGCAUGCUUGAAGAGGAAAUCGACGCACUACUUUACGGAAAGGCGGAGUACUACGAUAUUGAAAGCGUGGAUGAUUUUCCGUGUAGUUAUGUGACAAUGAUUGAAGAAAAGUACCGGUGUGGCAAGACUAGUGUAGCGAAAGUGAAAAGGUUAAAAGAAAAACCUCCCGAAACAGCCAAAGAUCAACAAAGUGGGCUACAGUCUAAUACACAAAGCGCGGAAAGAAAACCUAUUCCAGAUACUAGUGGCGCUGAUGAACGAAAUCAUCCUUCAGACCAAUCUGGUUCCGAAGAGAAGAACCAAGCACAAAAGCAUGAACCUAAGAACCAAGAAAAACCAGUGAAUUCCGUUGUCAGGUCUCGGUUCACCGAAGUAGCCAAAUGUAUGCUUGAGAUUAUUGAGGACUUGCAGUUAAAGAAAGAGAGUGACAUUAAGCAACGAAACUCUGACAGUGAUAACACACAAGCCUCUGUGACGACAUCAAAAAACGGUAAGGACCCUUCAGAAGACAGGUCUGGAGUCCUCGUUGCUUGUAAAACAGAUUGUGGAACGAAUCCAGCACGCCACUACUACAGGCCCUCAGUUUCUAGGCUGAAUGAAGGCAACAUUAUAAAUCAUCAAACAACGGGUGUUGCUGACUACCACGUGUACGAAGAAAUAAUGUAUGAUUUUGUUACCAAAAAAGGACCCCGUGACACGGACUUGCCUCCUCCACUUCCUGCUCGUCCCACCAUUGUCACCUGCAAGGAUCAGGAGUAUUUACCUUAUUUUUUUUCAGAGUCUUCUGCUUCAGCUUUAGCAACGGAUACAACGAAUUCUCUAAGAAACUCGUACAGUAAUAGGCCUAAACAGCGACAUAAUCUCUACACCAUUUUUUCGAAUCAGUCCGAUAGACGAACUAUCUCCAAGUCCCUUGAAAAUGAAUGGAAAUCCACAAAAAAAGAUACUGAUGGUGAUGAUGACUACGGUUUUAAAACUCUUCCAACAGUUUAG